AUGGAUACAGAGGAGGGCACGCCGCUGAGGCUGCGCCGCAAGACGGGUAACGGCUGGCGCGCGGUACUGGAGCGGAGGCUGCCGGUGCUUCGCUGGACGCGGAGCUACGAGCGCACAGCCGCUGUAGCCGAUCUGGUGGCCGGCAUCACGCUCGGCCUCACGCUCGUGCCGCAGAGCAUCGCCUACGCCUCGCUUGCCGACCUGCCCGUGCAGUACGGCCUCUAUUCAGCAUUCAUUGGUACGAUGCUAUACGUGGUGCUGGGCACGGUGAAGGAGGUGUCCAUCGGUCCCACGAGCCUGAUGGCGUUGCUCACGCUGCAGACGUGCCGCGGCCUUCCCAUCGACUACGUGAUCCUGCUCACCUUCCUCUCCGGCUGCGUUGUGCUGCUCAUGGGCUUGAUGAGAAUUGGUGUUCUUGUGGAAUUAAUUUCACCGUCCGUCACGAGUGGAUUCACGUCGGCGACUGCUGUGAUUAUUGCUGUGGCGCAGGUGAAGGGGUUGCUGGGGCUGAACUUCGUAGCCGAGACUCUGUCCGAGAACGUGGAGCUGAUCCUGGAGAACUGGCACGAAGUGCGUACACCCGACUGCGUGCUCAGCGCCGUGUGCUGCACUGUUCUCUUGUUAUUACGGAAACUGAAGGAUGUGAAGGUGAGUGCCAAGAGACACAAGCUGAAGAAGGCGCUAUGGCUGGUGUCGAUCGCGCGCAACGCGCUGGUGGUGUUCGCCGCCUCCACCUUCGCGUGCUACACCUACGACCCGGCGCGCCCUCUGCUCAAGCUCUCCGGUAGCGUGGAGCCGGGCUUGCCAGUUGUGAGCCUGCCGCCUUUCAGCACAGUAGUGGGCAACCGCACUGUGGGCUUUAUGGAGAUGACAAAGGAACUGGGCUCCGCUAUCUUCAUGCUGCCGGUGGUUAUGGUACUGGCUAAUAUUGCCAUUGCCAAGGCUUUUUCGGAGGGGGCGCGCGUGGACGCGACGCAGGAGAUGGUGACGCUGGGGCUGUGCAACGUGGCGGGCGGCCUGGUGCGCGCCAUGCCCACGUGCGGCGCCUUCACGCGCUCCGCCGUCUCGCACUCCAGCGGCGUGCGCACGCCCGCCGCCGGCCUCUACUCCGGAAUCAUCACACUGCUUGCGUUAAAGUUCUUGACGCAAUAUUUCUUCUUCAUACCAAAAGCUUGCCUGUCUUCCGUCCUCAUCUGUGCUGUGAUCUUUAUGAUCGACUACAAGAUCGUGGGCCAGCUGUGGGGGCACCACCGUGAGGAGCUGGUGGUGGCGCUGCUGACGUUCGUGGUGGGCGUGUGGCGCAGCGUGGAGCUGGCCGUGCUGUGCGGCGCGCUGGCCGGGCUGGCCGCCACGCACCUGGCGCUGCGCCGCGCGCCGCUGCACCUGCACACGCUCAAGAGCCGGUGGGGCGAGGUGUGCCGGGCGCGGCCGACGCGCGCUCUGCUGUACCUGAACGCGGCGCGCUUCGCCGAGCGACUGACGCGAGUCGCCGCCGCGCACCGCCUCGUGCUCGUCGACUGCGGCGUGCUCGCCAUGCUCGACUACGCGGCCUCGCAGACCCUGGCACGGUUAAUCAAGGAGUUCGAAGCGAACGAACAGCAGUUGAUAUUCUACAACGCUUCGACGGAUGUGAUCAAGAAGCUGGAACAGGUAGAGGGCCUGGACGCGUGUGCGCUGCGCGCGCACAGCGUGUCAGCCGCGCUCGCGCUGGCGAUGGGCGCGCCGCCGCCCGAGCGCGCCGCCCUGCUGCACGCCGAGCCCCACGUGCCCCCCGCGCCCCACGUGCCCCACGUGCCCCACGUGCUCCAAGACCCACUCGACGGAUCGGUUUCCAAUGUUUAA